CUAAGACAAAUAGCCGCAGCUGUUUAACAGAGCUGAAAAAAAACUUUAUAUGUGAUUCUUAAUAAUAAAACCAAAAUAAUAUCCUGGAAACAUAAUACCCAUGCUGCGCCGGCUACUUUCCGCCACAGGGCGAUGGCAGUGUCAGCAAUUGUUGGGAAGCAAUAGAUCACAGUCUUCGCCCCUCCGUAUCCGUUGGAAGUCCACAGACCCGGCAGAAGAAGCCCGGAAGCUGCGCUCCAGAUCAACGUUGUACUACAUUACGGCUGGUGGAGUGCUCAUCGUGGGACUUAGCUAUGCAGCCGUCCCACUAUACAGCAUUUUCUGUCAAGCCUACAGCUAUGGCGGCACCACCCUGCAAGGCCAUGAUGCCGAGAAGGUGGAGCAUAUGGUAAAGAUUAAGGAUCGUGUGCUGAAGAUACGCUUUAACGCCGACAUUGGAUCCUCUAUGCGUUGGAACUUCAAACCUCAGCAAUACGAGAUCAAAGUGGCGCCAGGAGAAACUGCAUUGGCCUUCUAUACUGCCCGCAAUCCAACAGAUAAGCCCGUCAUUGGUAUCAGUACUUACAAUGUGAUACCUUUCGAGGCUGGAGCUUAUUUCAAUAAAAUCCAAUGCUUCUGCUUCGAGGAGCAACAGCUAAAUCCCCACGAGGAGGUGGAUAUGCCAGUUUUCUUCUAUAUUGAUCCGGAAAUAGUGCAAGAUCCAGCGUUGGAGCACUGUGAUACAAUCACACUGUCCUACACCUUCUUUGAAGCAAAAGAAGGUUUGCAACUAAACUUCCCCAGCUACGCUAAGCCGCAUACACAAAAAGUUGUUCAAAGUUGAUUAUUAAUUGUUACCUAAACAUUUUAUAUAAUUUAAAAGAAAUAAAUUCGUUUAAAUCACUAUAGAUAAA